UUUUAUGAAUGUCAUAUUCUUACAGAGUCUGAAGAUUGUUACUAGGAUUGUUAUUAAUGACCAGAUUAAGAGAAGUUACUCUUUGCUACGCUACCAAUACUUUUACAGUACAGAAUACGCUCGCGAUAUAAUCGUCACUGUACGCCAUAUCCACGCGUGUAUUGAAUGUCAAUGGCAGACACGAAAGAAGUACGCAAGUGUGAACAAGCUUCAAAACACGACGGUGUUGUUUACAUCACAGUGGAAAACCGGGAAUAUCUGUUUUUCUUUCACUUCCUUACUGUUAUCAUAUAAUAGUAGAGCCAUGAAAUAUUAAACUAUUCGGAAAUAGAGUGCUUUAUCUAUUAACGAACAUGCUGGUGAAGAAAAACAUGCGAACAACAUCAUCAUCUCGGAAAUAGUUUUAUUUCGCAUAUCGUAUACAUACUUCUAUUUACGUCGCGGGUAUCACGUGCUGACAGUGAAAAGUGAAAGUGCAUCAGAUGCAUUUCUCCGAUGGUAUCUUUGACAAUAGUUCAUAACUUGCGGAAAUCAUAUGGCAACUUUUGAAGUGUGUUCUGAGCUGUAUGCUGAAACGGAUUUUUCAACAACAGACGCAACUAAUGGAAACAGCAUAUCUAAAUUUACAUUUGUCUAUCCGAAAGAAAAUGAAAAAACCAAAAGGCAGAAUGGCUGUUCUGUAGAAGAAGAGGGAAAUAAACUAGAUUUCAAUGGAUAUGGUUUGAAUGGAGUGGAUGAUCAAAGCAACGGUCUCCAAACAGAUGUACAGAAGCUUUCCAGUGAAAAAAGUGUUAUAUUAGCAGAAUUAGAGGAUAAACCGUCCAUCGAAACCGAUAAAGAUGGAGACUUGAUUGUAGAGCGCAAGAAAAAAGGUGUUAUUGAGAUAGAACAUCUCAAAUCAACGAAACUCGAUCUGGUGGGCCUGCAAAUCUGGAGAGGUGCUCUAUUACUAGCGGAUUAUAUUCUACACAACGAAAAGAAAUUUAAAAAUAAAAAGAUAUUAGAGCUAGGAUCUGGAGUCGGACUAACUAGCAUAGUAUCGAGUUUCUAUGCUCGUGAAGUUCUCUGCACUGACAUUGAUGUUGGCGGACUUUUACAGUUGAUCCAGGCUAACAUACUUAGAAAUUCCAGCUUAAAAAAUCCAAACUGCAAUGUAGUCGUUACAGAACUUAACUUUAAAGUUCCGUAUGUAAACUAUCCGGAUGCGCUUAAAGCACAGCUUCAAGAUGUAGAGUAUGUGAUAGCAGCUGAUGUGAUUUACGACGAUAAUAUAACGGAGGCCUUCGUAAUGACGUUAGAAAACCUUCUACUGGAACUACCUAAGCUGAAAGGAAUUUAUAUCGCACUUGAAAAACGUUAUGUUUUUACUCUUGAGGAUAUGGAUUCAGUGGCACCGAGCUACGAACAUUUUUUAAGGGUAUUUUAUAGAAGAAAUAAUAGGUUUGGGAUAACUAGAUGGAAGCUUAUGCAAAUACCGUUGAAUUUUCCUCGAUACUUUGAGUACGAAAAGAUCAAAGAUCUUGUUCUGUUGAAAAUUUCCAAUUAGUGUUGUGGAAUAUAAUCAAAAUGCAUGUGAGUGAACAUCCCAGUGUUUACUCUACUGUCUAAAAUA